UAUAUAUAUUAUAUAGUAUACACACAUGUAUGUAUUUUAUUCUUCUUUUCGAGUGUGACAUAUUUAAGAAAUUAGAAACAAUGGGUAGCGUGCAAAGUCAUAGCAAUGAAAGUGACGCCGGUGUAAGGGAAGUAUUUCAUGGGACUAUCAAAGACGGAUCCUCUCAGCAUUCUUAUCAGCCAACAAGUCAUGGUAUCGGAGCUUUGGCUGGAUUACAUGCGAAAAGUGGCAGCGUCCGUGGUGCACCAAGACAACCGAUGCCGGAUGCUGUAGAACUUGAAAGGCGGUUUACCAAAGUCUUGGCAUCUAUGGAUCUACCACCGGAUAAAGCAAAACUUUUGAAACAGUACGAUAACGAAAAAAAGUGGGACAUCAUAUGUGAUCAGGAAAGGGUGCAAGCGAAAGAUCCACCAUCACAUUACUUGGCAAAAUUGCGUACAUACUUAGAUCCAAAAGCGUCAAGAAGUCAUCGAUCGUAUCGUUUCCUUACAUUCUUCCAGAAAAGAAAAAUGGUGGGAGAGUCAACGUCGACCCAAGUACUUCGGGAUUUGGAAAUCUCCUUGCGCACGAAUCACAUAGAAUGGGUAAGGGAAUUCCUGGACGAGGAGAACCAAGGACUGGACGCGCUGAUAGAUUACCUCAGCUUCAGAUUACUUAUGAUGCGACACGAGCAACGUCUUUUGGAAUCUCAUACGAAUUCUGAAGAAAAAUUGCAGACCAUUGAAACAGGCGGUUCUUCUCAUUUAAACAAUGGAUGUUUAAGACCAUCUCUUCACGAACUUAAAGACAGUCCAAGUGUAAAACGCAGAUCUAGACAUGUUGCUCGUUUAAAUAUGGGCGAAGCUAAAGAUGAUAUUCAUGUUUGCAUACUUUGUAUGCGUGCCAUUAUGAAUAACAAGUAUGGUUUCAAUAUGGUCAUACAACACAGAGAAGCAAUUAAUUGUAUCGCACUUAGUUUAAUGCACAAAAGUUUAAGGACAAAAGCUUUGGUCUUGGAACUUCUUGCGGCGAUUUGUUUAGUGAAAGGUGGUCAUGAAAUUAUUUUAUCGGCGUUCGAUAAUUUUAAAGAAGUUUGUAUGGAAAGGCGAAGAUUUACUACGCUCAUGACUUAUUUUACGCAGUACGAUAGUUUCCAUAUAGAAUUCAUGGUCGCCUGCAUGCAGUUCGUGAAUAUAGUAGUUCAUUCUGUGGAAGACAUGAACUUUCGAGUACACUUGCAGUAUGAAUUCACAAAGUUAGGCCUCGAUGAAUAUUUAGAGAAACUUAGACAUACAGAAAGCGAAGAUUUACAAGUUCAAAUCUCAGCUUAUCUAGACAAUGUAUUUGAUGUUGCUGCUUUAAUGGAAGACAGCGAAACGAAGACUGCGGCAUUAGAAAAAGUAGCUGAAUUAGAAGAUGAACUUGGUCAUGCACACGAUAGAAUGGCCGAGUUAGAACGAGAAUCUUUAGCUAAAUUAGCAGAAUUAGAGACUGAAUUAGGUGCAUUGAAGAUAGAAUACAUAGAAGUUUCGGAAGCGCGUAGAAUAGCGGAGGAGGAACUUACUGCACUCAAACGACAAAAACAAGAUUCUGCGCGUAGGCAAAGUGUUUUAGAAAAUAAGAUAAUUGAAUUGGAGACCCUUACUGGAACUCUUACGAAAAGUUCGUCAGCCAAUAUACGAAAUGGAAGUGCAAUGAAUCCCUUAAACGAUUCUGAUAAUUUCGAUACGGAGAAUACUAUAUCAUCUGGACUAAGUACAGAACAACUGUCAAUGUCGGAAGAAGUUAAUAAUUUUACGCCUGCCCCACCUCCUCCACCUCCACCACCAUGUCCACCACCACCACCUAUGGCACCUCUUUCACCAGGUGAUCACAAGUUACCACCACCUGCACCUGUACCACCACCACCAGCUGGCAUGAUGCAAGCACCUGAUGGAGCAAUGACAAUUAAAAGAAAAGUACAAACAAAGUACAAAUUACCUACCCUCAAUUGGAUCGCAUUAAAACCGAAUCAAGUACGAGGCACUAUCUUCAAUGAAUUGGAUGAUGAUCGAUUGCAUAAUUACAUAGACUUUUCCGAUUUUGAAGAAAGAUUCAAAAUUGGUAUGAGUGGACAUGUAGCUAACGGCAAUAAUGAAUUGGAUGGCCUACAGAGCUUUCCUAGUAAAAGAUUUAAGAAACCUGAAAAUGUGUCCCUUUUGGAACAUACGAGAUUGCGAAAUAUUGCAAUAUCACGUAGAAAGAUGGAGAUGCCAGUGGAAAAGGUAAUAAUGGCCGUAAAUGCUCUUGAUUUGAAGGUACUUUCACUUGAAAAUGUAGAAUUAUUACAACGCAUGGUUCCAACUGAUCAAGAGAUAAAAGCUUAUCGUGAAUAUAUUAUCGAAAAGAAGAACAUAAAUCUUUUAACCGAAGAGGAUAAAUUUUUGAUGCAAUUAGGAAAGGUAGAAAGAAUAUCGACUAAGCUUUCAAUAAUGAAUUAUAUAGGAAACUUUUUUGAUAAUUUACAUCUUAUUACGCCACAAAUACACGCUGUGAUAUCUGCAUCAAGUACUGUGAAAGGUUCAAAGAAAUUGAGAGCAGUUUUAGAAAUCAUUCUUGCUUUUGGAAACUAUUUAAAUAGUAGCAAACGUGGGCCUGCUUAUGGAUUUAAAUUACAAAGUUUAGAUACGUUAUUAGACACAAAGUCUACAGAUAAAAGGAUGUGCCUUUUACAUUACAUUGUAGCAACUAUACGUAUCAAAUUCCCAGAACUUAUUAAUUUCGAUUCAGAACUCAUGUAUAUUGAUAAAGCUGCAACAGUUUCUCUUGAAAAUAUUAUAACCGAUGUUCAUGAAUUGGAAAAGGGUAUGGAUCUUGUAAGGAAAGAAUUUGAAUUGCGUGGCAAAGAAAAACAUAAUACGGUAUUACGCGACUUUUUAAAUAAUUCCGAAGAAAAAUUACGUCGAUUGAAAUCUGAUGCUCGAGCAGCGGGUGAAGCUUUUAGAGAAUGCGUUGAAUAUUUUGGCGAGAGUCCCAGACAAGCUGAUGCGAAUACCUUCUUUUCGCUUCUUGUAAGAUUCGCAAGAUCUUUUAAGGCAGCGGAUCAAGAAAAUGAACAACGUCGUAGAUUAGAAGCUGCUGCUGCAGAAGCUUUAAAUACAUCCGAGCAAGUAAUUAAACGAAAUAAAUUGAAUCAGAAGAAACAACAGGAUGCUGUCAUAAAUGAACUUAAGAAUAAAACCAGACUGGUUCAAGAGAAGAAACUUUUACAGCAAGAUGAAGUUUAUAAUGGUGCUCUAGAAGAUAUACUUCUUGGUCUUAGAUCAGAACCAUAUCGUAGAGCAGAUGCUGUAAGACGUAGUCAACGUAGACGAAUUGAUAAUCACAGACUUUCCCGUACUGCCGAAGAACUUGAAUUUUAAGUUAGAACAGAAUUUAGAUCAGAUAUUCAAUAAGUCUCCUCAUCUAUUAAAUAAUCUAACUGUUUAAAGAAUACUACAAUUUUCUAGCAGAUAAUUUUUUGUAAACAUACUAGGCUGAAAAUAUAUAUUAUUCAAAGAUUUAGUAAAUAAUUACGCACAAAUCAAUGUGAUGUUAAAGUUUAAUGAAUAAUGAAAUGUAUUUCUUAAUAGAUAAAUUUUUGAUAUGUGUUUUCUAACGCCUCAUGAUACUGAUAUUGAAAAUAAUUUUUAUAUGAAUAUACCAACUAUUUGUAAUAAUUUUGAAGUACAAUAUUUGACUCAUAUUAUAUAUUUAAAAUUCAAUGAUUUAUCUGAAAGUGGGGGGUGCUAUAUUCAAUUUUGUUCAUAAACGUUCUUAUGCAUAAAUGAUAUUUAUGCUCAUACGCCUUUAUAUUAUUCACUAAAGAUAUGGAAACAUAAUUUUGUAUAAAACACAUACUACAAUUUUUGAAAUUAGAGGAGUUGCGAAGCACUUUAUUCCAGCGAAAUUACAAAUAGUAUAUAUAAUUAUAAUAUCUAAGAUGUGAAAGGCAUAAUUAUUAUACAAAGUCUUAUAAUAAGUAAAAACUACAACAUAUACCAUAAGAGAAGACAAAAAAGUAUGAAAUAGACAUCUUGUAAUUUCUCGACCCUGAUGUAACAACAAAGAAUGAUAUUACUGCCAAAUUGUAACGAAAAAAAGAAAAACCUAAAAUUGUGUACAUAUAUAAAAAAGUUUAUUUUUAUUAA